AUUCAACUCGAAAGAACGCAAUCUGCAAUCUGCAAUCCACCGCGACAACGGGAUGAUGAAGCAUCCAACAGAGUACUAGUAUUGUAAAGUUUGCCAUUUGGAUAAUAAGGAAAGACAAUAAUGUGGAAGACUUUGACGCUUUUGGGGUUUCUCUUAGUCUCGCAGACGCUGGCAUUUCAGCCCACCAUUCUGGGAAAAGAACCAAAACAAUGCUACCCUCACUCCAAGCUCCAGGAGAGCGCCAAUGACGUCGUCGAGACUACUUCUACUGGCAGCAGUACCAGCUCGUUAAAAAAGGAUCUCUUGGAGCUAGCGGCAUCGUAUGAUCGAGGAUUCGGCGCCAGUCCUUCAGCGCGGUCUCGUGUCGAUGACUUGAUUGCCGCUCUGGAAGCACUCAACGAAGAAACAGAGGCGGCUCGAGGCGUGGAUGGAUCCGAAGCAUCUCCCCUUGCUGGUAGUUGGAGAAUGAUCUGGACCACAGCGUCGGAUGUCUUGGUCUUGGGAGCAUCACCCGUCGCCACUGUGGGAGCCAUUUACCAAAUAUUUGAUCCAUUGCCCGUCGUCACCAAUGUUAUUGAUUUCAUCCCUCGGCUCCAAGCCCUCUUGCCACCGUCGAUUGUGCCGUCCUCCUUGGUACGAGCCAAGGUACAAACCAAAGCUUCGCUGCGACCAGGAUUCCCCAACCGAGUUGGAUUGUGGUUUGAAUCCGUCAAUUUGCAGCCCGUACAAGUCUUGGGGGUCGAUGCCAAACAAUUGCCACCGUUUGCUGCCAACCUUCCCAAGCUUCCCGGUCAACCCAGCGAUGAUGGGCCGGGAUACUUUGAUGUCACCUACCUAGAUGAGGAAUUACUCAUUAUCCGACAAAAUGCGCCCGGUGGACUCUUUGCACUCGUCAAAGUGCAAGAUACCGAGCCGUAGGCGGUCGGUCGUUCGUUGGCGGUCCAAUGGCUGCUGGACACAUGAUCUCAUAUCAAAAUUUUGGCUCAACACGACAACUAACUAAUUCAUUCCUUCCUGGAAUCAGCCAUUCACAGUCCAGGAAACAAGGUGAAGGCAUCGACGUUGUCUCUCGUUGAAAGAAAAAGCCAAAAGUCAAUUAUUCACCAAACGUCUUCAUGAAAGCGUCCUUACCGCAACGAUUCAUUCAUGUCAAUCCAUCCACGCACCCACACAUAUCGGUACAUACAUAUCAUCGCAACCAAUGCUUCAUACCCACAACUCCCCCAGUUAUAUAACUCUCAUUUGAUUUGAUGAUUGUUCUUUAGAAGGCCACGGCAACCAACCAAGGAAGCAUACUAUCAACACUUUUGGCAACAAUUAUUGUCCUUGUUCGCAGCUGCUAGUUGUUUGCUUCGACAGGUACGGGGACCGUUUGUUCAGUUGUUGGCCCAAUGCACUGCUAGAUAGCUAGAG